AUAGUAACUCAUAAGUGGCUUUUGUAAAAUUCAUAGUAAUGGCUGAAGUUGCCAUCAUUCAGCAAUUACAGGAUGAAAUAUACUCAGCUGAUAACCAAGAAGAUGUGAAAAAUGAACCGACAACAAUACCAGCUCCAAGUGAUCCAAUCAAUCAAAAACAACACGCUCUUCCAUCAUUUGUUGAAUUAUCUGGUCAUAUGGUGAAGGAAAGAGUUGAAGAGCAUGCAUCAGAUUACAGAAUUAUGCGUCGGAUCAUAGCUGAAGAUCCAAGCUACAAUUUAACUACUGUACCAUCAUUAGUCGAUUUAUGCAUAAAACACUUUUCAGACAACUUUGAAUACAAUCCGGUAUCAAUGAAAUAUUUGAAUGAACAACAAAAACGCCGUGUAUUGGAUUCCCUAUCGCCUAGUCUACCAUUAAAGGUUACAUCACAUAUGAUUGGUGAAGAUUCGUAUUGGACACGUUGUUGUCAUGCAAAAUGGUCAGUUAUUGAUAUAUCACGUUAUGAAGGAUCUUGGAAACGUGCAUUUUUUGAACGUUUAUUAGAAGAAAUCAUUGAAAAUUUUAUACCUGGAACAACAUAUACACCACAUUUACAUGAAUGUAUUGAUUAUGCUGCACCAUAUGUCUACUGUUUAAAUAUUCGACAACUUUUACCACCAUUAAAACAAAAAUAUAAUAAAAGGAACUCAGAUGGGGAAUCAGGGACAGAAAGUGAAUCAGAAAGUCUCACUUCAUUACAACAAAUGGAUCAUUUAGAUCUUGGCCCAGUUUUGAAAAAAUUAUCAAAUUUACACGAAUUAAGUUUAUCCUAUAUGGUAAAAGAUUGUGGCAUGAAUUUUGAAUGGUCAUUAUUUCAAUUUACAACACGGGAUUGUUUAAAUCUCUCCACCGCUGUUCAACAACAUAAACAUUUGAAGGUGUUAAAUCUGACAAAUAGCCAUGUUAAUUCUGAACAAUGUCGUAUUCUAGCCACUCACCUGCAACAUCAUCCAACAUUGGAAUGUUUAGAUUUAUCGCAUAAUUCCAUUGGUUAUCGGGGUACACGUGCAUUGAGUAAACUAAUCACUGGUAAAAGUUGUAUCAAUUCACUGAAUUUAACUAAUAAUCGAUUAAAGUCAACUAGUGGAUUAGCCUUAGCCUAUGCCCUCUCUCGAUCAGAAUGUUUACUGAUAAAGUUAAAUCUACGCAUGAAUAGAAUACAAGAUGAUGGUGGAGUAGCUUUGGCAAAGGCGUUAAUUCAUAAUUCAAUAUUGAAGCAGUUAAAUUUAGCUGUAAAUGAUUUACAUGAAGAUACAGCUGGUUAUUUUGCACAUGUACUAGCACAAAAUAGUACAUUGACUCAUUUAGAUUUGUCAAAUAAUCAAAUAGGUGUGGUUGGCAGUAAGAAACUCCAAGAUGGAAUGGAUAGCAAUACAAGCUUAAUUUACUUAGAUCUACGCUUCACUGGAAGUAGCCAAGAGGCAGAAUAUGCAAUAAGUCAAAGGAUUGAAAUGAAUCAUGACAAAAUUCGAAGAUUAUCAAAUGAUAUCUCAGAGGUCAAUCUCUAUGCCUCAGGUUGGGUUACAAGUGUGGCAAGACAACAAAUGCAUCGUUCAGAAUAUUCUAAUGACUGGUUAUCAUUGAAGGCAUUGAAGAUAUAGAAGCAUGAGGAAGAAGAAGAAGUGAAAGAUGACGAUGACGAUGAAGAAGUAUCAAAUUUUCCAAGCAUUCUUUCCCUCCUCCCCAUCGUAAUUAUUAUCUUCAAAUCCUACAAAUAAAUAAUCUUCUAAAAGAAACUGAAUUACUCCCCAAAGAGCUGAUCUUCUUUUUCUUAAAUAGUUUCGUUCCAUCUUCAGAGCUAUUUUUUACUUUAAAAGUGUAAUAUAUCGUCGCUCAUAUCAUUUGAAGAUGACUUACUAUUGAAGAAGCCAUCCAGGUGUUUACCGUAAACUGAACAAAAUGACAAAUUAACAUAUGGAGUAUUUAUUAUCUAUUUAAAUGUGAAAUAAUCAGUUUAUACAAUAAUGAAUAAACUGUUUUCAUUGAAACAGUAUUGUUAUCCCGAUGCAUUUAAAUAUAUGCAUCAUUCUCUUUACAAAUAAUUUCUAUCAUAGAGAAAAAUCAAAUUACUGAGCAUC